AGUAAUCAAGCCGGAACGGGAGGCGGAUGCUCCACAGCAAGAUGCCAAACGAGGAAGAGCUUUCAUUAUGUUUGUUGCUUUUUGCAGCUCUUUUAGCUCCAGGCAGAACAGCGGAGUUGUCGUUAUGGAAUGUGGAGAUCAACUCGACCCAGCAUGCUGUGUUCCGGAAGACGCUGUAUGCCAACACCACCAUUUUCAUGAAGUUCCAGGCCGACGCCAGCUCAUGUGACCGAAAUGUGGCCUUCAACAUCAGUUGGUACCUGCGCUCAUCCGUGUGCUACAACGAGGUCUUCAACACGCCCGACAACAAGGCCAUCAACAUGUUUGCCAUGGAGCACAUGCUGAAGGAAGGCUGGAGUGGCUUCUACAGUCAGGGCUUCGUCUUCUUUGACAACUGCUCGGCUCUCGUCUCACCAAAGGUGUAUUAUGCAGACUUCAAUCCAUAUCAACCCCUGUCCAGCCCGAAGAGUGACUCAUCAAAUCAGAGCCUUUUUUGGACCGACAAACCGGACAUCGGCGCCGUGGCCAAGUCUUGGGAGGACAGCCCCUAUCUGUUCAUCGUCAAGGUGCAGCCACUCUUCCGGGGCCCGGAGGAGGAAGACUUCACUUUUACUAUGAAAGUGGAGAUGAAGGGACCACAUGACUACUCCUCCCCAGCAGACUGGCCCCAGAUGAUGUUCUUCAUGGUCAUGUGCAUCGUCUACGUCUUUUUCGGGACCCUCUGGCUCAUCUGGUGCGCCUGCUACUGGAGGGACCUGCUGCGGAUCCAGUUCUGGAUCAGCGGCGUCAUCAUUCUCGGCAUGCUGGAGAAAGCCGUCUUCUACUCGGAGUAUCAGAGCAUCCGCUACCGAGGAGACUACGUUCAGGGAGCGGUCAUAUUUGCUGAGCUGCUCUCCGCGCUGAAAAGAUCUCUGGCUCGCAUCCUGGUCCUCAUUGUCAGCCUUGGUUAUGGCAUUGUCAAGCCCAGGUUGGGUACCACAGUCCACCGGCUGGCAGCCGUCGGUCUUCUCUACCUGCUCUUCUCUUCGGUGGAGGGCGUGCUCAGGGUGACGGGCGGUUUCUACGGGACGGUUGCCCUGGUGGCCAAUCUCAGCCUGUCCCUCAUCGACUCCUGCGUCAUGUGGUGGAUCUUCAUCAGUCUGUCGCAGACCACGCGUCUGCUGAAGCUGCGCAGGAACGUGGUGAAGCUCUCACUGUACCAGCACUUCACCAACACGCUCAUCUUCUCUGUGGUUGCAUCCAUCAUAUUCAUCAUCUGGACCACCAAAGUCUUCAAGCUGGUGGACUGCCAGAAGAGUUGGAGGGACUUAUGGGUGGACGAUGCCUUCUGGCGCCUCCUCUUCUCGACUAUCCUGCUGGUCAUCAUGGUGCUGCUGCGGCCUUCUGCUAACAGCCAGAGGUUCUCCCAUUCGCCUCUCAUCGAUGAUGACGACGACGAAGAGGAGGACGCCAAGGAGCCCAUGUUGAAUGAAGCGUUUGAGGGAAUGAAGAUGAGAGGAUCCAAGCCAGAUGCUAACGGCUCCCAGAAGCUGUUGAAUAAAGAGGAUGAAGAUCUAAAAUGGGUGGAGGAGAAUAUUCCCACAACUGUUGCUGACGUAGCUCUGCCUGCAAUGCUGGAUGAGGAGGAGGAAAUCCUGAAAACAAAAAUGGAAAGAUCCAAAAUGGAGUAAAGCAGAGAAGAACUACAACGUAGAAAUUGUCCAAAGUCACUGCCCCCCCUGCACCUUCCAGCAACCAGUGCCCCCCAGUUGGUCACAGUACCAUGUGGAAUGUGUCCAUGUGCACAUGACUUUGUUCUGCAGUCGUCACGCCCCAAAAAUGUCAGGUGAUAUUCCCCGUGGAGGGAAAAAAAGGCAUGCUCAAAACUCUACCAGGGUCAAAUUAGCUUGACUCCAAAUGAGCACAGUGGGUUUUUAGCUUGUUCAAAAAACCUGAUAGUUGAUUUUAUAUAUAUAUUUAUGCGAUGCACUAUACUACAUACCUUGGUCACACGGAUCACAGCGCUGUUGUCAUCUAUUAGUGGAGAGAAUGUAACGGCCCCCUGUGCUCACUCACUCCCCGAAAUAAAAAAAAAAACCCCAUCAACUCACAGUGCUAUAUAUUAUAAUUAUAAUGCUUCACAAUCACAAAAUACUUUUCACAUGCUCUUGUAUCUUUCCUCUAUUUAAAGGGACCCUUUUGGUACAGAAAUCCAGGUGUGCUGCACAUAAGUGACUUUUUUUCAAACUUCACUAUUAUUAACAUGUUUGAAGUUCUGUUCACAUUGAAAAGUAAACUAGCUUUCUUCCUGACAGAAUUACAUCUGUGUGCAAUCUACUGAUGUAUGUAUGGAUGUCAGACGUUAUUUAACAUAUGUUUUAUCUGUGUUGUCAAAACACACACACUUGUGUAUGUAUAUAUACUGUAUACACAUACAUAUGUAUGUACUGUAUGUAUAUACCGACAGUAUACAUUACACAUUGUUGUACAUAUGUAUAUAUGUAGACACAAAAUCCCAAUAUCUGGAUGUGAGUCUGCAAUGUUAUGUGACGCUGAUAUUGUUUGGCUUUUUUUGCAGGAAAAUGUCCAGCAAAUAAAUUUUUUUAAGGAAACACUUAAGUUAUGU